AUGAGACUCAACAUUGCAUCCUUCCUGGUCAUGUAUGCCGCGGCAGUCCAUGCUGUUCAAGGCAAAGCACAGAAAACCUUUGCCGUCCUCCGGUUCAACAAUGCGCCCGGCAGCUUCAGCAGUGCGGGUCGCAUGGACCCCAUCGUCUUCCCCGGCUCGGACUCAUCCCACACCCAUGGCAUCAUGGGAGGAAGCAACUUCGACUUGACGGUGACUGGCGACCAGCUCCUGCAUUCAAAUUGUACCAAUGCCAAGAUCAAGAACGACAAGUCCAACUACUGGGUCUCUACGCUCUGGUUUCGCAAGGGAGGCAAAUUUAAAAAGGUUCCCUUGUAUUACAUGAACGUCUACUACUUCUUCGAGGCCACCGAUGAUGAGAUCAAAGCCUUCCCCCCAGGGUUCAAGAUGGUCAGCGGUAACGCCUCCACACGUCUCCCGCCAGCCACUGGCAGCAUCCAACUCGACCCGUCCAAGGGCACCAUCCAGCCCGUCCAGUGGACCUGCCCUACGAAGAACGCAGUAGAUCACUAUCCUGCGGGCAGCGACGGCAGUCACGCCGGCAUCCAAGAUCCGAGUAAUCGGCAAUCCGGUGCGGGCUUUCCGGUAGUCAACUGUGACGCCGACAACUCGCCACUGCGUCAGGACAUUCAUUUUCCGUCUUGCUACGAUCCCAGCGUCGGCACCGAGGACUAUGCCAACAACAUGGUAUUUCCGACGCCCAUUUCACCCGGCAGCGACAAGGUCAACUGUCCCAAGGGCUACAUUCACGUCCCACAUUUAUUCUACGAGGUGUACUACGACACGGCGCAGUUUGACAGCCAAUGGAUCCGCGACGGCCACCACCAGCCUUUUGUGCUGUCCAACGGGGACAAUACGGGCUUCAGCUCGCACGGCGACUUCAUCUCGGGCUGGGACGAGCAGACGCUGCAGGCAAUCAUUGAUACCUGCGAUGUCGGCGAUCGCAGCAAUGGCCCCGACGGCAAUGAUAUGGAGGAUUGCCCAAACAUUCCUGGUGGCUUGAACAAGGAUGACAAGUGUCCGAUCAAGGCACAAUAUCCGGAUCCAGGUGACGAGUGGGUUGAUGCUUUGCCAGGCAACAAUCCCAUCUCUGGUUGGAUGCCCGACCAAUAA